AAGGCAGACAGACUGGUUUGUCUGGUUUGGUCUCUCAGGUGUUCUGUCUGAGAAAUCAACACUUCUAAGUGCAGAGAUCAGCUGUGACGGGACACACAACUCAGAGCUUCCUCUUCACAGAGACACACAGCCAUCAUGUCUUCCAAGAUGGUCAUCAGGCAGCCUCAGCCUGUGAUGGUCUCCCGGGAGUCUGAUCAGUGGGGAUCUGGGAUUUGUGACUGCUUUGACGACGUGCCCGAGUGUUGUUUUGCUUUCUGGUGCUCUUGCUGCUUUGCCUGCAAAACUUCCAAGAAAUACGGCCAGUGUCUCUGUCUCCCCCUGCUGGAAAUCUUCGGCGGCAUUAUUCCGCCUGUCACCAUGGCCAUGAGGGUCUCCAUGCGGCAGCGCUAUGGCAUCAAAGACACCAUGUGCAUGGACUGCGUGUAUGCGACUUUCUGUAAAGCCUGCAGCUGGUGUCAGAUGUCCAGAGAGAUGAAGAGAAGAAACAUCCAAGUUGUUCUAGUCAACGCCAAGAACAUAUGAGCUCUCUCCUCGCUCCUCAUCACCACCAGGGCUGUAACAUAUUCCAAAAGUGCUCAACCUGCUUCAGCUGUCUCCAGCAUGUUAUAACUAUACUGUAGGAUAAAGCUGGAGAAAGACUAGUGUUUAAAAAAGCUUGCGUCACUGACUGAAAGUGUCUGUAGCCAUGUGUGACUGUAUUACACAUUUAUUAAGGUUAGCUAACAUGGUUGACCUAAUACACAUCAUCAUAAAAGCUUCUUCAAAAUUAAUGAAAAUAUUAAAUUAUUAUUAUUAUGAUCCCUUUAUUUACCUUUUUUAUUUUUCACCCUAAAACUCUUACUUUAACAAAAAAAGAAUAUCUGGUCUGGUUACAUGUAGAUUUAUCCGUCCAAUGACUAAUAGGAUUGAAAGACGGGGGGGCUUACUUGCACUUGCACAAUCUUUGCACUCGCGUCUUUUGUUCCUGUAUCAGAACCACACUUAUGUCAACAACCAGUGAAGAAGCCAAGAUGUUAACAAAUAAAAAGUGACCGUCACACUCCUCCAUUUCUCCUCUGUUGAACAAAAGUUACUGUAAUGUCACAUGGGUGUCAUGGGUGCGUCCUUCUCCAGGAUUUAUUUAUAUAUAUAUAAAUAUUUAGCUUAUAUUUGCCAGGUAUGUGUACACAUACAAGCAAUUUGACUCAGGAUUGUACAUAGCAUAUAUAAAUAUAUAUCAAGAUGUGAUGUUUUUUAACACUGGUUUAUAGAAAUCCUCAUUGCUUAUUGCUUUUAUGAUAUUUCAAAGCUGCUAAGUUCAAUGUUUUGCACUAAACUGCAUUUUGUUGUAUUUUGUAUACAAUGACAAUAGCGUCUCUAUCAUGAAUCCUGA